AUGGAUAUGUUAGAUAUGGAGGGGGAAGAUUUCUUGGAUAAGGUCUUGAAGGAUGAUGGGGGUAAUAAAGAAGUAGAGUCUAAUGAGACGGUAGUAGAGGGUCAGAAAGCUCAGAUUCUUGUGUAUGUGCAGACUAGAUUUCCAACUGUGCAUGAAAUUGUAAACCUUCAGAACAAUCAAAAGGUGUUGGAUGAAUUGGAACUGUUGGAUCAGGUUGAGAAAAAUUCAGUUUCUCAUGCCACUUUGGGCGCAAGUAAUGAUGUCCAAGGUAAUCCAAUGGUGCAAGUAAUUCCAGUAAUGGAGAAUAUGACUACUUCUCUAGUUUAUUCUUUGAAUAACCAAUGGUCUCUCUCUAGGAUUUCCUCCUUUUGGGUUGAUCACCAAUAUGAAUGUAGGACUGGGAGUGAUCUUUCCUUGGAUGAUGAAAGAGGGUUGAUGCCUAUUAGGGUACCCUUAGACAAAGGUUAUAACUCAGAUUAUGGGGCAACAUUGGAGGGUGAGGCAGUGAACAUAGAUGACUCUACAGUACUGACUUUUUCAAAGAGGCUUCAGCAAGCGGACUCAUCUCCAAAUUCUGUUACUAGAAGCAUUUCUAGAGGAAAGUCUCUCUUACAAUAUUUAUGA